AUGGAAGUUCGCACAUGGGUAGCAUACAGCCUACGUAAUUUCUGGUUGAGACUUCUAACUAUCAUUUUCAUCUUCGCUUGGGGAUUACCGGUAUUGAUCAUUGCUGGGAUCGGGGUGGAGAAGAUUCAGGGCGAUGAUGAUGGGAGGGUUGAAAUAAAGUUAGGAAGUGGUUGGACCAUGGCAUUAGUAGCUAUAAUCACUCUUGUACUCGUACAGAUUAGUAUUCCAUUGGGAGGACUGUGGAAUGAUUCCAGACGAUCUGGCAAGAAGCAUUAA